AUAAGGCUAGUUCACAAGGUUUACUGAAUAUUCCUAGCAUGAAACUUUUGUUAGCUGCUAAUCAGAGCUUUGUAAUUCAGAACCCCAUGUUUACCAUCUCCAGUGGUCAGGGCGAUAACUUUUAUUGUGUGGGUCUCCUACCUAUUGAAGGAAUGAUUGGUAUUAUUGGACAGAACUUUAUGGAGGGAUAUCAAUUGGUGUUUGAUUGGGAAAACAUGAAGUUGGGUUGGUCUCACUCCAAAUGUCAAGACAUAGGCGGGACAGCAAAGGUAUCACCAACACCACCUCCGAGUGGUUUGACAUCAAAUCCGCUGCCAACAACUGAGCAACAAAGAAACCCAGGUGGACAUGCAGUUGCACCCGCCAUUGCUGGUAAAGCUACCCCUAAACCAUCUGCAGCAUCACUCCUUGCAGUUUCAUGGCAUUACACUAUGAGUUCUCUUCUAUUUUCAUUGGUUGUAUGGUUGCUUUAUCUGAUAUAACAUUUGUAAUUAUGUACGUAUAUGUAAAUUCUCAUUUCUUCAAUCAGAUCAUUUUCUCACAAAUCAUGCAGUCUAGUCAGUUAAUUU